GAUGCUGGUCAGCUGUGUUACCCAACUAGCCAAGAUGGCGGCUUCGAUUAGUUUUAGUUGUGUAAAGUCGUGUUCGCGAUUGUUGCGCCAUGGCUACUCUGCGUGGCCAUCUGUUAGUUCAAGAUGUUCAGGGAAUAAAGUGAUGGCUGUGGCAGGGGCAAGAUUUUAUAGAGGAAGCAACAGGGACACAAGGAGAAGAGAAAGAAACCUUUUGGAGAAGCAGAGAAAGCGUGAAGGGCAAAAACCCAGGGUGUUUGACAAAAGAGAAUUCAUGAGAGAGAACUAUGAAAAGGAGCUAUUUGCAUUUAGAAAUCGCCUGUCUCUAGUUUUUGAGGAUGAGAGGUUACUAAGGACUGCCCUCACUCAUGAGCUCUGUGAAGAAGAUUUGGUUAAGGACAAAGAGAAGAUUGAAGAAAACAGCAAACUGGCAUUACUAGGUCAUAACCUCACAUCACAGUAUAUCACAGAGUAUUUGUGUUUCAAGUAUCCCAAUCUCCCCUCGGAGGGAGUUAGACAACUUCACAAUUUCCUCACAAACCGAGAAACUCUUGUCAAAGUAGCUGAUCUCACAGCAUUACCAGAACUCAUAAAAACAAAGCAUGACCUUGACUCUUUGGACAAGGAGAAGCAUGUAGAAGUCACAAAAGAAGAUGUCAUCUCUGACGCCUUUCUUGCUCUGAUUGGCGCAAUAUAUCUAGACCAGGGUUCUUCAGAAGCAAACAAGUUUGUUAGAGAUUUCCUUAUCACUCAGUUAUACACCCAAGAACUUAAUCAAGUCCUCCAGUUUGAAAAUCCUGAAGCUCUCCUUGAAAGCAUGGUUUUGUCAGAGGGACAUACAAAGCCUGAAGCCAGGAUAACAAGGCAAAGUGGGAAAGCUACUCAUCUCCCUGUAUAUGUUGUUGGUCUUUUCUGUGGAGAGGAAUUGAUCGGAGAAGCUGCCGGAUAUAACCUUGUAAAUGCAAAAAGAGAGGCCGUCAAUGCCGCCCUGAUGCGCCUGGUACAGCGAGGAAUGCACCAAGAACCAACCCUUCCGUCAGACCAGAUGAACUACAAGCCGGCUCUCACUCAGAAUAAACUUUAAGGACACUUGAAGGGUUUUUAGACGAAUAAAUAAAGAUAACUGAGGUUUAA